AUGACGGCCGACCCUGCUCGGGCCAGCGGCACCCUCGGAAGCACAUCUGCCCAGCAGUCCAGUAAUGUCACACCGCGGACAACAAAGCCGACGCAAUGGCAGCAGCGGAUGCAGCAGCGCCAACGAUUGCAGAAUUUGCGCUCGCGCGAGCGCGAGAUGACGCGUGAGAAGGAGGACGAAGCGGAGCGCAAACGUCUUGCACGCAAGGAGCGUGAGCAUAAGGCAGCGGAAAAGGCGCGCCUGGAAGCGAUGGCUGCACGCCGCUACGACACGCCCGGAGGAUGGGACGCACGAAAAAAAUCGCACAUUAGCCACUAUUCUGUCUUUGUAUAG